UCGGACAUAGUUUCGAAGCAUUUCGUAUAAUUCUUGCUUUGAAGGCAAAACAGCAAAUGAAUAAAAAGUGAAUAAAAUUAAAAACAUAAAUUUUACGUGGAUUUCGUUCUGCAGUGAUACAAAAAGUUUUGAUUCAAAGAAAAAUAAGAAAAAAGUUUUACCGAAAAUAAAUAGUGAAUACAAAAGAAAAAUAUAAGAAAAUUUGCAAAAAUGUCAAGUGCGGUUAUGAUAAUGCUCGACAGCAUUUAGUGGACUCGGUAUGUGGUCUCGUUUAACAUCUAGACAGUGGAUUAAGUUAUUGUCGUCGACAUACACACAUUGAGAUAAUGCCAAAAAAAGGUUAAUAAAGUUAUCGACUUCGUGAAAUACAAAAAAAAUAUACUUUGAGUGGUUGUUGUUGUUAUAAUAUUCCAAUACACGAAACGAAAAAAGAUUAUUUUUCGAAAAAAGGAAAAAAAAAAUAAAAGGGAAAAUAAAAAUAACCAUUACUGUAUUUUUUCGCACACUUACAAGAAAAAAAAUAGACAAAAAUCUGUGUCGAAAAGUGGAUUUGAGGGUGUGGAUUUCAAUAAACAAAUUGGGAUUUGUCAUAAAAUACAUGUCCUUGUGUUGUCGUUAGUCUUCUUUCUAUUGUCGUUGAUCUGCAUUGUGAAGCUAAACAUUUCGUAAAGCAAGAAAAAAAGUCAAUAUAGACACAAGUGUAGUGCGAAACUCUUCUCUUCAUGGUUCACGUACAACGCACAAGAAAAAUAUAAAUGUCUAAGGAAAGUUUUCCCUCAAGUCAAAAAGAAGAAAACGAAGAAGAAGAAAAAAAGUGUCUGUGAGCAGGGGUGUGAGAAAGUAAUAAUAAUACAUAUAUACAAAAUAAUAAUAAUAAAAAAAAUAAAACAGAAGAAUGUUGAACCAGCAGCACCCAGCGAAAGAAAAGUGAACUUGUACAUCAAACAUUGGAUAUAUAAAAAAAAACGUGAAGCAAAAUAAAGACGAGAAAAAUAUUUCAAGCACGCAUCCUUCCUCAUAGAGAGAGAAAAAAAAACUCUUGUAGGAUUUUUCAUGUGAAACACAGUGGAUGCAGUUUAUAAAACAAUACACACACACAAAAAAUAAAGUAAAAUAUUGUGCCGCAUUUAUUUAAAAGUCAUUCUGGUGGAAAAAAUACAGCGCAGAAUAACACGUACUUUUAAAAACAUUAAUUACGUAAAUUGUUUGUGAAUUGUGAGUGUGAUAGCACACAACACAAGGAAGAAAAUUUUAAAAAUUGUGCAACAAAAAAUAAAACAACGAGAAGAGACGAAGAAAUAAUUUAUUUUUACAUCCUCGUUAGAUCACUUGAAUAAAGUUUACACAUAUUAUCAACUUAUGGUGUUACUCUGGUGUAAUAUGAAUGAAAUAAAGUUGUGAACACGAAACGACUAAAAAAAAAUCAAGUGAAUCCAGUGAACCCGAUUAUGUUGAUGUUGAUUAAUUAUCAAAAGUUCAGCAAAAAACAUCUUUAAUAACGACAUAAUGGGUGGAAUUUUGAGAUUAAUACAACUGCUUCUACACAAUUUGCUGCUCUUGCUAAGUGCUACUUAUGCAUUGACGGGAGAGACACCAUCAUCAUAUUGGGAGACGCCAUUUGCCCAGCCGUACUUUGAUAACACAACAAAACGUGAAAUUACCGCAACCGUAGGACAAUCAGCACUUUUAAACUGUAGAGUACGGAAUUUAGGUGAUAGAGCAGUAACGUGGCUACGAAAACGCGAUUUGCACAUUUUGACAGUUGGCAUCUUGACGUAUACGAAUGAUCAGCGAUUCCAGUCGCUGCACACAGAGGGCUCUGACGAAUGGACAUUGCGGAUAACGACGCCACAGCCACGCGAUUCCGGCACCUACGAAUGCCAAGUUUCGACAGAACCAAAAAUUAGUCAAACAUUCCGGUUGAAUGUUGUUGUUUCCAAGGCGAAAAUUCUCGGCAACUCGGAAUUAUUUAUCAAAAGUGGUAGUGAUAUAAAUUUAACAUGUGUUGCAUUACAAGCGCCAGCACCACCAUCUUUUAUUUAUUGGUACAAAGGUGGACGGGUAAUUAACUAUUCGCAACGUGGUGGUAUUUCAGUAUUAACAGAACGCCAAACGAGAACAAGUAAAUUAGUUAUAUCACGUGCGAUGCCAACUGAUUCUGGUAAUUAUACAUGUUCACCCAGUGCUUCAGAUUCAGCAUCAGUAUUAGUCCAUGUAAUAAAUGGUGAACAUCCUGCGGCGAUGCAGCAUGGGAAUAGUAGUGCAACUAGUUUUCUAUUAAAUAAUUAUAAAACAUUAGGUUCAAAUUUACUAUUAUUAUCGUCGACGAUAACAACACUGUCGUUAGUCUUGCCAGUAUCAUCAUUUUUAUGUUUAACAAUUUCGACAAUAUUUAUCGGGGCAAAUGCUUUUAGGUGAUUCAUGUUUACAGAUAAUUUGUUUUGCGUCACAUAUUAUGUAGGACUUUAAAUGUGUAAGUGAGCAACACAAUUUUUUUUUCAAUUAUUUGUUGUUGCGCGCGAGAGAAACAAAAACAGACAGAAUUCUACUAGGUACUAUUAUAAAACAAUGUUUAGGCUACAAAAAUAAAUAAAACGAGCGAUGGCAAGUGUAUGAAUGUGUUAGAGUCCCACAUUAUUUAUAGUUUUUAAUAUUAUUAUUAUUAUAAAUAAGAGUAUUAAGCAUAAUAUUAAUAAUAAUGAUAGGAUAAUUAAGUAUACUUAGG